AUGUAUACGAUAAUAAAGAUAAGAUCUUUAAGUUUUGUAUUUUUAGCUUGUAUAUUAAUAAUUAUUUCAAUAAAUACAGACUAUGUAAUAGCACAAAUAUGCAAUGAAGUAGCAAAAUGUACAACAGAGUGUAAAUCAGAUGAAAGAUGUAUUACAACUACCAGGACUUGUAAAGCAUGCCCGGUUGCACGUUGUGAGCCAUUAUCAUCCAAUUCAUUACAAGGUGCCAGUAACAACAACACUUCAUCUGGGAAUUCAGGAUUAGUACCGGCCGUAGUUGGCAGUAUAGUCGGAGUUGCUAUAUUAGCAAUUUCAGGUUAUGGAUAUUUUGUACUAAAGAAACGUUCAAAAUUAAAAGUUGGCAAUGAUCGCGGCUUGGAUAAUAGUGCUACUUUUGAUGAAAAAGAUACAAUAACGGAUUUUGAAAAUGUUAUUCCUAUUGCAUACAUACCAACAUCAUCACCCAUAAUAACACCUUUAUCGCCAACAUCACCAUCGUUGUCAGAUUCACAGUCAUAUCGACAUUCUAGUGCUGGUACUACACCGUUGGCAAGUCCUUUACCAAAUCGUAAAUUUAUGUCAGGUGAACAAAUACUGGAUAUCAAUGAUGGUAUAGAUGAUUAUGAUCAUUUCCGUGAAUCAAAUGAUGUUGGCACAAUUUUACAAGCAACCAAAACUUUAGCAACAGGGUCAAACGCCACCUUCACCACAUCAACAGCUGCUACUUUGAUGACUGCUACUAGAGUAAAACCUGCUUUAGUACGAAUAAAUACAAUAAAAUCAAAGGGUUUAAAUGAUUCAUCCACGUCAUUACCAUUGAUAAAGAAUGAAUCGUCAUCACAAGCUUCUUCUAUGAGAAGUGGUAGUACUACUCCAAAGACACCUCUUACAUGCAACUCAUUUCUAAGUAGCGUCAACUCUUUAAUACCUUCUGGACCAAGCAGUCCAUCAAAAUCGAUAAAUAAUGGAUCAGAGAUGGUAAUUCCACAGAUAGAUAUUGAGAGAUCAUCGACGGAAUCUUCCAGAACAAACAUUUCUAACAUAAGCUCAAAUACUUGCUUGGAUCCUAUAGAGGGAAGACAAUCAUUUGGAUUAUUUGGUAGUGAUGAGGUGUAUGACGAUACAGGACCUACUACACCACAAGUACUUCAUAGAGAAAGCAUUCUAAGUGCCACCAGUUCUAACGGUAGAAGUACAAUGUUAUCAGACGAAGGUGAUGGUGAAAUAAUGAUCUUCUGGGGAGGUGACAAUCCGACUUUUGUCGAUACCGAUAGACCCUCUUCCUCCGUAACAAAAAAUAAUAGUGAAACUAGGAAUAAUAGUGAGAGCAACAACGGUAAUAACGAAAAUGAAAAUGAUAAUAGUGAUACAGGACCAACAGAUAAUUAA